UAGUUUAACUUUUUUGCAAAGUCAUUAAAUCGUCCAGAACGAUAUAAAUUGCGGUUGGGAUGGAACAAGGCCAACAUUCUACAAACAGCAUUAAUCCAGAACAGAAAUGAAAUCGUUCGUCUGUGUGGUUCUAGUCGCCGCCCUGGUCGGAGUCAAUGCUCUAACCGAGGAACAGCUCAAGAAAGCCGAUGGUUAUGCUGCCACGUGCCUGGAAAAGGCGAACGGUGUGUCGAAGGAAUCUGUGUCCAAGCUACGCACGGGAGACUUUGCCAACGUAGAUCAGGAUCUGAAGUGUUUCGUUAAGUGUUUCCUGGAACAGGCCGGCUUCAUGGGCACCGAUGGAAAUCUGGUCUCGGAUUACGCAAUCGAACGAUUGUCUUUGGAUCGUGAGAAGAGCAAAGUGGAAGCUCUGGUUAUGAUGUGCAGCGUCCAGAAGGAUGAUCCAUGUGAAACUGCUUUCCGUGCCUUCGAGUGCUACUACAAUGGAAAAGCUUCGUUACUGUAAAUGUGAUUGGAGUGCAAAACAAUGUGAUAAUCCUGUGUGAAUAAUAAAGUGACAAUGAACAAAUUGA